AACCAUGGCGAAAAGAUUACAGGGCAAAGUAGCGCUCAUAACCGGCGGAGCCAGGGGCAUCGGUGCAGCCGCCGCCCGACUCUUCUCCCAACAUGGCGGCAAAGUCCUCAUAGCAGACAUCCAGACCGACCUGGGGCGGCGCACAUCGGACGAAAUCCAAUCGGAGUCGGGCAACUCGUGUCCUACGUCCAGUGCGACGUCACGAGCGACGCCGACAUGCGAAACGCGGUGGACGCAGCCGUUUUGAUGCACGGGCAGCUCGACAUCAUGUAUAGCAACGCAGGGAUAGGAGGCGAAAAGUUCGACCCUCACGACAAAAACAAAGUGGGCAUACUGUCGGUGGACCGGGAAGUGUUCAGGAAGGUGUUCGACACCAACGUGUACGGAUCCUUCCUGGCGGCCAAGCACGCUGCGAGGGUGAUGGUUCCUGGGAGGAGCGGAACCAUCCUGCUGACGGCUAGCUCCGCGACGGUGAGCUACGGCCUGGCACCGCACGUGUACUCUACGUCGAAGCACACGGUGGUGGGGCUGGCGAAGAACCUGUGCGUGGAGUUGGGCGGGUUUGGUAUUCGGGUGAACUGUGUCUCAGUGGCGACUUUGAGGGCGAUCGAGACCUCGGGUAUGGGGGGAAUGCGUACAAGGAAAUCUUCAUGA